GUGAGCGGCGGCGGCGGCGGGGCGCUGGGGUGGAGGCUGCGACCCGGCGCGCACGGACGGAGCCCACGGUGUAGGGCAGGCGACCCCGAGCCCAGCCGCCCAGCCAUGGCCCUGAGCGAGCUGGCGCUGCUCCGCUGGCUGCUGGAGAGCCGCCACUCGCGGAAGCUCAUCCUGUUCAUCGUGUUCCUGGCGCUGCUGCUGGACAACAUGCUGCUCACCGUCGUGGUUCCGAUCAUCCCAAGCUACUUGUAUAGCAUUAAUCAUGAGAAGAACGCCACCGAAAUCCAGACCGCCAAGCCAGGGCUCACAGCCUCUCCCUCAGACCGCUUCCAGAGCAUCUUCUCUUAUUAUGACAACACCACCAUAGUCACGGGGAACAGCACCCGAGCCCUUCACGGGGGGUUGCUGCCGGCCACCACACAGCGUGCGGUGACGAACACCUCCACGGGGCCUUCUGACUGUCCCAGUGAGGACAAGGACCUCCUGAAUGAGAACGUGCAAGUUGGCCUGCUCUUUGCCUCUAAAGCUACCGUCCAGCUCCUCACCAACCCCUUUGUAGGAAUGCUGACCAACAGAAUCGGCUAUCCAAUUCCAAUGUUUGCGGGAUUCUGCAUCAUGUUUGUGUCAACAAUUAUGUUCGCCUUCUCCAGCAGCUACGCCUUCCUGCUCAUCGCCAGGUCGCUACAGGGCAUUGGCUCAUCCUGCUCGUCUGUAGCUGGGAUGGGCAUGCUGGCCAGUGUGUACACGGAUGACGAAGAGCGAGGCAACGCCAUGGGCAUCGCCCUGGGAGGCCUGGCCAUGGGGGUGCUAGUGGGCCCCCCCUUUGGGAGUGUGCUUUACGAGUUUGUGGGGAAGACCGCUCCGUUCCUGGUGCUGGCUGCCCUGGUGCUCUUGGAUGGGGCUAUUCAGCUCUUCGUGCUCCAGCCGUCCCGGGUACAGCCAGAGAGCCAGAAGGGGACACCGCUAGCCACAUUGCUGAAGGACCCCUACAUCCUCAUCGCCGCAGGGUCCAUCUGCUUUGCAAACAUGGGGAUUGCCAUGCUGGAGCCAGCCCUGCCCAUCUGGAUGAUGGAGACCAUGUGUUCCCGCAAGUGGCAGCUGGGCAUUGCUUUCUUGCCAGCUAGCAUCUCUUAUCUCAUUGGAACCAAUAUUUUUGGGAUGCUCGCACACAAAAUGGGGAGGUGGCUUUGUGCUCUUCUAGGAAUGAUAAUUGUUGGAAUCAGCAUUUUAUGUAUUCCUUUUGCAAAAAACAUUUAUGGACUCAUAGCUCCCAACUUUGGAGUUGGUUUUGCAAUCGGAAUGGUGGAUUCAUCAAUGAUGCCCAUCAUGGGCUACCUGGUCGACCUGCGGCACGUGUCUGUCUACGGGAGCGUGUAUGCCAUUGCGGAUGUGGCCUUCUGCAUGGGAUAUGCCAUAGGUCCUUCUGCUGGUGGGGCUAUCGCAAAGGCAAUCGGAUUUCCAUGGCUCAUGACCAUUAUUGGAAUAAUUGAUAUUCUUUUUGCUCCUCUCUGCUUUUUUCUUCGAAGUCCACCUGCCAAGGAAGAAAAAAUGGCUAUUCUCAUGGAUCACAACUGUCCCAUUAAAACAAAAAUGUACACCCAGAAUAAUAUCCAGUCGUAUCCAGUAGGUGAUGAUGAAGAAUCUGAAAGUGACUGAGAUCCUCAAAAGUCUCAAAGUAUUUAUUGUAUAAAACCGUGUUUCCAGAAGUGAAAUGACUCCUCCGGAACAGUCUUAGUCCUACCAUUCAUCCCUGGUGAAAGCAAAACAACCAAAGGUUAUUCAUUCUUCUCCAUGGUUGUGAUUGAUUGCCAACAGCCUUAUAAAGAAAAAGCAGCUUUUCUAGGGGUUUGUAUAAAUAGUGUUGAAAACUUUAUUUUACGUAUUUGAUUUUAUUAAAUAUUGUACAAUAUAUUUUGACGAAAUAGAUAUAGUGUAAAUCUAUAAAUAUUUGAAUCCAAAUCAAAUAUAAUUUUUAAAAAACUUACAUUCAUGAACACUUGGGCAAAAAAAUCUAUUUUUUCUGAAUAUUGGUAAUGAGUGUUUAAAAUGAAAGCACACAUUAUCUCCAAGACACUUCCAACACUGAGAAACUAGAAGGAAGUCUGAAAAACAGAAUCAAGUAAGACAGCAUAUGAUGUUGUGACACAGUGUGGUUAACUUGUAAUUACUAUCAAUAUAUUUCUGAGCUAAAAGCUAGUUAUCUCAGAUGCAGAGGACAGGAAGUUGAGUCUGUCAUCUUUUGGACUUACCCAUAAUCGUGGCUGGCAUUAGUUUUCUACAGAAUCAUCUACCUGGAAACAGAUGGUUGUAAAUUAUGUAUUUACAUGUCGUGUGGCGGGCAGCAGACACUAAAGCCAACAGGGAAAAUAGUAAAUGUUCUGAAAGCAGAGAAAAGCACCCGGAAGUAUAGUUAUGAACAACUAGCUUUCCCUUUCUAGUAUAUAUUUGAUUGUCUUAGGAUGAAAAGAAAAUUGAGGGUAGAUUCACCUUAUACUGUCGAGGUUGUUUAAGCCUAAGAUAUAUUAACUUUUAGAAAUUUAGUUCAACUUUUAGAAACUUAAAAGGCUAAUAGCUGCUAGGAUAUGAAAAAAAUCUGACCUUUGACCUGGUAAGAGGUCAUCCAAGUGUCUUUUAGGAAUCUAUUAAGUUUUGAAUUGCAACUAUUAUUUUUUAGACUUCUGAAGGUUGUUCACAUUAAUGUGAAAAAUUUUAAACGAAGAUGGAGGAGGAAUGAAAUUAUCUUGAAUCACAUUAGGAAAACAGGUAAAAAUAAUAGGUCAGGACACAUUCCCUUUCAAAGACAGAAAAACCCUAGAAACAUCUAGAAAUGUCUGUGUAUUCUUCUAUCAUCUAGUGCUGUAUAAUGUGGUUUUUCUAAGCAUGACAACAUUGACGUGCCUUUUCAAUUUAACAGCAAAUACUGUGUUAGCACUGUCAGUUGCCAUCAGGUUUUGUAUGAGAUGUGAUUGGAGUGUGCAGAUAGUGUAGAAUGUCUCAGAUAAUACUUGUAAAUUCUAGAGUUCUGCAAUCAACAAAAAUUACCUAAUGUCUGUAUUUUGUUAGCUAAAAUUGUGUUUCUGUUAACUUGGUCAAGGAGCAAAGAACUUUAGAACAAGGACUCGACCUCUAAGAGAGUAGCUGGUACUUUCUUUCCAUUUGCUUUAUGAAGCUUCUUGGAGUGACUUGAAAUCUGGUGUUCAAGUGCAGUGUGGUGGAAGCAAACAAGUUUCCUAUUCACAUAUUUGCACCGGGCAACUUACAAAUCUCUGAUAGCACUUUCAUAUGGCUAACGUAAACCAUCAGGAUUGUUCUCUACUCCCACAGGGGAGACCCUUCAAGAACGUGCUGCAGAUCAAUUCUCUUAGAGGGUUGGUGGCUCUCCCUGACCACAAUACUGUAUGAUUUACUCCAAUUUCAUUCUUGCCUUUAAGGCUUCAGUCUCUUCAAGAAUGACUGGCAGAGGCAUGCCCACUGUUGAUCUCUAGAAAGAACGUAAAAGACGUGAGUGUUUCAGAACUGUUUUGGGAGCAAAAGUAUCAAUUAUAUCUGACUGAGGGGGAAAAUUACAAGGUCUUUUAUUAGGACUAAAAUUCUGGCCUUAGCAAAACUGUGAAGUGAGGCUUUUUUUCUCAGUGUAUCAGAACCGUGAACAUACAGCUCCCUGAAUGUUUUUUUGAGCAGAGGUGGGUUUGUACCUGGCAAAACAGAUACAAAAUUGUUACUGAGGUAGCAAAGAAUAUUCAGUUCUUUCUUCUGACUGCUAAGUGUAUGUGCAUACUUGUUUUAGCUAGUUUCCUUAAUAAAUCUUCUGAACACUACUGUGCCUGUUUGUAUUCC